AUGGUUUAAAGAGGAAAAUGAGCAGCUGCUGCCCUUGCAACUAAGUGAUCGAAUAUCGAUUGUGUCGGCGGGACUUUUAAAGAUAAGUAAGGCACGUCUUGAUGAUACCGGCAAAUAUUUGUGUUGGGUAAACAAUACCGCUGGAGAAGAAACAAUACAAGUUUCGUUAACCGUUACAGCACCGCUGACAGCCCAUCUACAGCCUCAAGUACAAACGGUAGAUGUCGAUAAGGAUGCACAAUUUCAAUGCAUUGUGACUGGACAUCCGGUGCAUGAUGUUAAUUGGUUGCACGAUGGUAAACCAAUACUACGCGAUAACCGAGUCGAGAUUCUUUCAGAUCCGCCACGUCUCAUUAUCAAGAAAGUACAAAAAGAUGAUCCGGGCAUGUAUCAAUGUUUUGUGUCCAAUGAAUGGGAACAAAUACAGUCGACCGCUGAAUUACAGUUAGGAGAUGCCUCACCCGAGCUGCUGUAUUGGUUUUCGGAACAGACACUACAACCGGGUCCAACUGUAUCAUUAAAAUGUGUAGCAACUGGAAAUCCUUUGCCACAAUUUACAUGGACUUUGGAUGGUUUUCCGAUACCAGAUCAUUCGCGAUUUCUAGUUGGUCAAUAUGUUACGAUACAUGACGAUGUCAUCAGUCAUGUGAAUAUAACAAAUGUCAAGGAAGAGGAUGGUGGCGAGUACACCUGUACGGCACAGAAUGCCAUUGGCAAAGUAUCCCACAGCGCAAAGGUGAAUAUCUAUGGACUGCCACACAUUCGUGAAAUGCCAAAAAUAACUGGAAUAUCUGGACAUGAUUUGAUUGUUAAAUGUCCUGUGGCUGGUUAUCCAAUUGAUCGAAUUCAUUGGGAAAGAG